AUGUCAGCCUCCUUAUUUUCACGUUUUGGCAAAAUUUCUGUGAAUUUAUCAUCAAAUAUAGGCAAAUGCAUUGAAUGCCAACGCCAGCAUUUUAUACGAACAUUGCAUGUAACUUCCCGGAUAUCUUGUCAUAAUGCAGAUACGUUUCCACCCACAGACCCACCAACUCGUGAUAUAGAGGAGGCAUUUCUUGAUGAGCGUGUGCAAACCAUUCUCCAUCAGAUCACAGGGCUUGAUAUCAAGAAGGUGAUGCAUCCGCGCCAACUUCCGAUGAAGCCACCGAAGUAUCUUCUUCUGACUGAUGAGCAACUAAAAGAGAUUCAAGAUGAUGCCACAGCUCGAGCUGCAGAGAAACUCCAGAUGCCCCCAGUGCUGAAGGCCUGUGAACCAAUUGAUGAAAUCCUCUCUCAAGAUCCUGACCUUAAAGGACUCAAUAAACACAACAUUCUUUUUACGGAUAUCACAUUCGGAAUAUCUGACAGGGACCGAUACAUAUUGGUGAGGGAACCUGGCGGUACAUUGAGAAAAGCCUCUUGGGAGGAACGACAAAGGUGCCUACAGAUAUAUUUCCCACACGACGGCCGUAAACUCAGAAUGCCCAAAAUGUUUGAGGAGCAAAAUCUUGAGGAUGUCUUGAAUGAAGAGCGUUAUGAAUAUGUUUUAGACCGAGCGUCUAUUCAGUUUGAACCAGAUGAUCCACUUUAUAUAAGGGUCAUUGGGAGAACAUACACACAUAUAGAUACAAAUAAGAAAUAUGACGUGCUGCGGUCAACUCGGCAUUUCGGAGGCAUGGCAUUUUAUCUGGCCUGGCAUCGAAAGGUGGAUUAUCUCAUGGCAGAUAUGUUGCAGAGAGAUUUUUUCAAAGAUGCUGUACAGCUCGUUCAUCUCCAUAUCAUCCUUCAUCCCGACUCAGAGACGGCAAAUGAUGUCAUUUACCAGAAAGUCAAGAGCCCUAUGGAUCUGAUUAAGACGUACAUUGCCAAAGAUGCACCACACAAGGGGGAACUUGAACUCGCCUUACAAAGUUAUGAAGAAGAGCACUCACAAGAUAUCGAGUCUCAGUGACGGAUGCUGGCCAGUUUGUUUUCUUUGAAAAGGAUUUGUAGGAUGUUGUAAAUGUCGGAUUUAUAGAAAUAAAGUAUUGAAUUGGA